UAUUCUGAACAGACCUAGAGUGGGCAAGCAACUGGCCGGGAAGUGGCAGAGCCCCGGCGGAGUUAGGACCCAGAUCCUCCGUACGUCUAGAGUCUACGUCACCAGGACUCCGCCCCAGGGUCGGCGUCGGAGCUGAGACCCCGCAGGUUCCAAACUCUCCCCGCGCCCCCUGCUGCGCACACUCAGUCCGACCCUGCCCGCGCACCGCCCACCCAGGUCCUCGGGCGCCAGUGAGUGUGCUCACAGGGGAAACUGAGGCAGGGAGUGUGCUUGUGAGUCUGUCCCCUCCUCGGUCCACAUCCCAGGGCCCACAAAGCUGCCCCCCCUCCUUCAACCCGCAUGGGACACCAAGGAAGAACGGGAGGAAGGGGAGGGGGCCCACAGCAAGCAGGGUAUAAGGAGUCGGCCGGUCCUGCCACACUCAAGAUGGCGGCGCGACAGCGGCGAGGCCCCUCAAAGGCGGUACCAGCGCAUGCGCAGCGCGGAGUCCCGGCCCGGGACACAAGAUGGCGGCAGCGGCGCUGGGGAGGGCGAGGCGGAGGCGGCAAAACGGGCGGUCGAGCAGAACGUGUAGCCGCGUCCCCUCGAGUCCGCUGCGGGCAGUUGCUGCCACGAGGAAUCCCCUGGGACCCCGUCCACUCCACUGCUGAGCAACCACCUGCCUAUUGAGCUUUCCUGCAGCCCUGCCCACUGCUUCUGUGGGACCCUGUGACGUGGGGGUCUGUCUGGCGGGAGAAGAAAAUCCUCUCAUGCUAGCGUUGCAGACCCCAGAGGGUGAGAAAAAGAGGGACCUCGUUCAGCCUUGAGACCUGUGGGCUCAGCCCCAGGGCACCGGGAAUUCCUCCUCCCCAGAGAACCAAGGCAGCUCCCCUUGGUCCGGUGUGGGUGCUGAGAUGGCCAAUGAGAAUCACGGCAGUCCCCGGGAGGAGGCGUCCCUGCUGAGUCACUCCCCGGGGACCUCCAAUCAGAGCCAGCCCUGUUCUCCAAAGCCCAUCCGCCUGGUGCAGGACCUCCCAGAGGAGCUGGUGCACGCAGGCUGGGAGAAGUGCUGGAGCAGGAGGGAGAACCGUCCCUACUACUUCAACCGAUUCACCAACCAGUCCCUGUGGGAGAUGCCCGUGCUGGGCCAGCAUGACGUAAUUUCGGACCCUUUGGGGCUGAAUGCGACCCCCCUGCCCCAAGAUUCAAGCUUGGUGGAAACCCCCCCGGCUGAGAACAAGGCCCGAAAGCAGCAGCUCUCAGACGAGCAGCCCAGCGGCAAUGGCGUGAAGAAGCCCAAGAUUGAAAUUCCCAUGACACCCACAGGACCGUCAGUGCCCAGCUCCCCCAGUGUCCCAGGAACCCCAACACUGAAGAUUUGGGGGACAUCCCCUGAAGAUAAACAGCAGGCGGCUCUCCUCCGACCCACUGAGGUCUACUGGGAUCUGGACAUUCAGACCAACGCCGUCAUCAAGCACCGCGGGCCUUCAGAGGUGCUGCCUCCACAUCCCGAGGUGGAGCUGCUCCGUUCCCAGCUCAUCCUGAAGCUCCGGCAGCAUUACCGGGAGCUGUGCCAGCAGCGAGAGGGCAUUGAGCCCCCUCGGGAAUCCUUCAACCGCUGGAUGCUGGAGCGCAAGGUCGUGGACAAAGGUUCUGAUCCCCUGUUGCCAAGCAACUGCGAACCAGUUGUGUCACCUUCCAUGUUUCGAGAAAUCAUGAAUGACAUUCCCAUCAGGUUAUCCCGAAUCAAGUUCCGGGAGGAAGCCAAGCGCCUGCUCUUCAAAUACGCGGAGGCUGCCAGGCGGCUCAUUGAGUCUAGGAGUGCAUCCCCUGACAGCAGGAAGGUGGUCAAGUGGAACGUGGAGGACACCUUCAGCUGGCUGCGGAAGGACCACUCUGCCUCCAAGGAGGACUACAUGGAUCGCCUGGAGCAUCUACGGAGGCAGUGUGGCCCCCAUGUCUCGGCCGCAGCCAAGGACUCGGUGGAAGGCAUCUGCAGUAAGAUCUACCACAUCUCCCUGGAGUACGUCAAACGGAUCCGAGAGAAGCACCUUGCCAUCCUCAAGGAAAACAACAUCCCAGAGGAGGUGGAGGCCCCCGAGGUGGAGCCCCGCCUGGUGUACUGCUACCCAGUGCGGCUGGCCGUGUCUGCGCCUCCCAUGCCCAGCGUGGAGAUGCAUAUGGAGAACAACGUGGUCUGCAUCCGGUACAAGGGCGAGAUGGUCAAGGUCAGCCGCAACUACUUCAGCAAGCUGUGGCUCCUUUACCGCUACAGCUGCAUUGAUGAUUCUGCCUUUGAGAGGUUCCUGCCCCGAGUCUGGUGUCUUCUCCGACGGUACCAGAUGAUGUUCGGCGUGGGCCUCUACGAGGGGACAGGCCUGCAGGGAUCGCUGCCUGUGCACGUCUUCGAGGCCCUUCACCGACUUUUCGGCGUCAGCUUCGAGUGCUUCGCCUCGCCCCUCAACUGCUACUUCCGCCAGUACUGCUCUGCCUUCCCCGACACAGAUGGCUACUUUGGCUCCCGCGGGCCCUGCCUGGACUUCUCCCCGCUGAGUGGUUCCUUCGAGGCCAACCCUCCGUUCUGCGAGGAGCUCAUGGAUGCCAUGGUAUCUCACUUCGAGAAACUGCUUGAGAGCUCGCCAGAGCCCCUGUCCUUCAUCGUGUUCAUCCCUGAGUGGCGGGAACCCCCGACACCGGCGCUCACCCGCAUGGAGCAGAGCCGCUUCAAGCGCCACCAGCUGGUCCUGCCUGCCUUCGAGCAUGAGUACCGCAGUGGCUCCCAGCACAUCUGCAAGAAGGAGGAAAUGCACUACAAGGCCGUGCACAACACAGCCGUGCUCUUCCUACAGAACGAGCCCGGCUUUGCCAAGUGGGGGCCGACGCCUGAGCGGCUGCAGGAGCUGAACACAGCCUACCGGCAGUCAGGCCGCAGCCAUGGCUCCGGCGGCUCAUCGUCCUCCUCGGAGGCCAAGGACCGGGACUCAGGCCGCGAGCAGGGCCCCAGCCGCGAGCCUCACCCUACUUAACACAUCCUGCGGGGAGGAGGAGCCCCAGAGUGCUGGUAUGGACUGCUGGGACUCAGGCCUCUCGGGGCUGAGCGGACCCUAGGACUCUCCCUCUGGGGGGCAGCAGGACUCAGGCUGCCAAUGACAUAGGAAGAUUAUGGCUCUGCCAGGGCUCCCCCUCCCUGCCCCAACCUCCCACCUUCCCAUCUCAGACUCACUCCAAGGCCCUUGUAAAUAGGCCCUAUGCCUUCCCUCCCUUUCCCCACCCCCAUCCUGUUGCCACCUUGUUUCAUUUGUAAAAGGAAAUACAGAACCCCCCCCCCAAAA